ACAUCUCAUGCACCAAAAUCCAUCUACCACAACAGCGCGCCAUCUCUGCUCAUUCAGAUAACUUGGUCAGCAGCAACAGCGGCAAUGGCGUCGUCCUCCUCGUCACCGACGAAGCUGCUAGCGUGCCUCGUCGCCGCAGCUCUGGCGCUGGCUGCCACCGUCGUCGCGCCGUGCGCGGCGCAGAACUCGCCGCAGGACUACGUGAACCCGCACAACGCGGCGCGCGCCGACGUCGGCGUCGGCCCGGUGUCGUGGGACGACACGGUGGCCGCGUACGCGCAGAGCUACGCGGCGCAGCGGCAGGGCGACUGCAAGCUGAUCCACUCCGGCGGUCCCUACGGCGAGAACAUCUUCUGGGGCUCCGCCGGCGCCGACUGGUCGGCGUCCGACGCCGUGGCGUCGUGGGUUUCCGAGAAGCAGUACUACAACCACGACACCAACAGCUGCGCGGACGGCAAGGUGUGCGGGCACUACACGCAGGUGGUGUGGCGUGACUCCACGGCCAUCGGCUGCGCCCGCGUCGUCUGCGACAACAACGCCGGCGUCUUCAUCAUCUGCAGCUACAACCCGCCGGGCAACUACGUCGGCCAGAGCCCAUACUAGACGUAGUAGUGUGCCGUAUGCAUGAAUUGAAUACAUGCAAGUAUACGUACUGGGGUCGGAGUGAAAAUAAAUUGUUGUCAACUUUAUACCAUACUAUGAAUGUUGAUAAACAUAAUAAGUCAAUAAAAUCAUGUGAUUGCUGAGGCAUAUA